GGCAAAAAUUACUAACAUUUACAUGGUGCUUUACAAUUUUUUUUUAGGGUGAUUUCACAUAAAGAUCCCAGUAGCGCUGGGAGCGAGAGAAUAUUAUGUUCCUGGUCUCCAGCUCAGGAAAGCUUAGUACUAGAGAGCUAGGAAGGGUUUGAGCUUGCAGUCAAACCUAGGUCUUGGGCUUCAAAUCCUGAUUGCAGCGCGGCUUCCAAAGGGCGUGAAUGCUCUUCUCCCAGCCCCUCUCCCCAUAUUCACUCACAUUACCACAGGAGACACGUGCCAGAUCUUGAAGGGGUUGAAGCAGAAGGUAAUCUGUUCUGGAGAUCAUGAAACUGAUCUCUUUCCCUCUGCAAAUGCCUCGUGAAGCGCAUUCGUAGGGCCUCUCCAGAGGCUGCCUCAUGAGGGAAGGUUCUGCUUGGCUUCCCUUUGUCAUUAGACUCAGGCUGAAUCUGCUUGCUGCAUGUGGAGAAAGUGCCCGUUCUGCUUUGGCAGAGUUUCCGGAGCGUUGGGUUCCUACCUGUCUUCAUCUGAAAGUUUGGUCUGGAUAUCCCUGCUGAAAGUGACUAGGGAUCCCCAGCUGGGACAGCUUCCCUAGAUCACCACUGCCGGAUCUAGCCCACCCAGCCUCCUGCAUCUCUGCUGCCAGAGCUGCCUGGCUCAGAUUACCAGAGGGGAGGGAGGGUGGGUAUGGAUCUCAGGAUCUGGGGCCCCAGGUGCACCACAAGCCUGAGCUCUCCAUCUGCCUUGGCGAAACUCUGCCUGUGGCAGAGUGAGAUCUUUGUAUCCAGACCCUUCCAAUUCACGGAGGCAAGUGGAAGACUGCUGCGUGGCUGGGAAUUUCUAAAGGCUCAGGAAAAAGAUGAACUGGCCCCAUUCCUGCAUCUCCUUUUGCUGGAUUUACUUUGCUGUCUCCAGACUGAGAGCUGUAGAAACAGCAGAUGGAAAAUAUGCUCAGAAAUUGUUUAAUGACCUUUUUGAAGAUUAUUCCAAUGCUCUUCGUCCAGUAGAAGAUACAGAUAAAGUCCUGAAUGUCACCCUGCAGAUUACACUUUCUCAGAUUAAGGACAUGGAUGAAAGAAACCAGAUUCUGACUGCCUAUUUAUGGAUCCGCCAAAUCUGGCAUGAUGCAUAUCUCACAUGGGAUCGAGACCAGUAUGAUGGACUGGAUUCCAUCAGGAUCCCCAGUGACCUGGUAUGGAGGCCAGAUAUUGUCCUAUAUAACAAGGCUGAUGACGAAUCUUCUGAGCCUGUGAACACCAACGUGGUUCUGCGGUAUGAUGGGCUAAUCACCUGGGAUGCACCAGCCAUCACCAAAAGCUCCUGUGUAGUGGAUGUCACCUAUUUCCCCUUUGAUAACCAGCAGUGCAAUCUGACCUUUGGUUCCUGGACCUACAAUGGCAACCAGGUGGACAUAUUCAAUGCCCUAGACAGUGGAGACCUCUCUGACUUCAUCGAAGAUGUGGAGUGGGAGGUCCAUGGCAUGCCUGCUGUGAAGAAUGUGAUCUCCUAUGGCUGCUGCUCUGAGCCUUACCCAGAUGUGACAUUCACUCUCCUUCUGAAGAGGAGGUCCUCAUUCUAUAUCGUCAACCUCCUCAUCCCAUGCGUCCUCAUAUCUUUUCUGGCUCCCUUGAGUUUCUAUCUCCCAGCAGCCUCUGGGGAAAAGGUCUCCUUGGGAGUGACCAUCCUGUUGGCCAUGACUGUAUUUCAGCUCAUGGUGGCAGAGAUCAUGCCGGCCUCAGAAAAUGUACCUCUGAUAGGCAAAUACUACAUAGCCACAAUGGCUUUGAUCACAGCCUCCACCGCGUUGACCAUUAUGGUGAUGAAUAUCCACUUCUGUGGGGCCGAGGCUCGGCCAGUGCCACACUGGGCCAGGGUGGUCAUCCUGAAAUACAUGUCCAGGGUCUUGUGUGUCUACGAUGUGGGUGAGAGCUGCCUUAGUCCCCGCCACAACAGGGAGCGAACCCACCUCACAAAGGUUUAUGGCAAACUUCCAGAGCCAAAUCUGAACAUGGACAGAAACAAAGACCUUCCCAGAAAGAAGGAAAUAAACAAGCUCUUAAAGAAUGACUUGGGAUGCCAGGGUGAGAACCCACAGGAUGCUGACAGUUACUGUGCACGGUACAAAGUGCUGACAAGGAAUAUUGAGUACAUUGCCAAGUGCCUCAAAGACCACAAGGCCACCAAUUCCAAGGGGAGUGAGUGGAAGAAAGUUGCAAAAGUCAUAGACCGAUUCUUCAUGUGGGUUUUUUUCAUUAUGGUGUUUGUGAUGACUGUUUUGAUCAUAGCAAGAGCAGAUUAGUGGGCAUUUGGUAUAUGGAAAUAAAGCAAUAAAAUU